AUGGAAGAAGGAACCGUCCCAACACCAUCCGAGCCUCCUCCGCUCCCAUACUCGUUGCAUACAAGGAAGAAGUCGAUCGCGUUCUUCUGGACUAUCUUUGUGAUUGAUACCUUGGCUCAGCCAUUGAUUCUGUAUUGGUGUCUUUGGUAUCUCACCGAUCUAUCACACAACUUGGUCUUCUCGAUCGUCACCGCAUCACUUGGAGGAGUCUCGGUCUUUGAAUACUUUUACCGCCUUCAUCAUUUAUUCCGCAAAAACUCGCGCGCCCGACCAUUGAACUCCCGCGUAUCAUGGCUGGAUUUCUUCCAAAUCAACUUCACCAUCCUUUGGUUGAUUCUCGCCGUCGAAUUGGUCGUUGGAUCGGUACCUGAAGAACCAUAUGUGCGCCUCAUCGCGAUGGUCCUACCCACCGUCAUGUUCUACUUCGGCAUCGUCUACCUUUCCCUCGACAUUUUCCGUAUGAUGGGCUUCAAGGCUCCGUUCCGAAUUUCUUCCACGCCCAAAGGCUCCGUUAUGCCGACUGCAUUGUACGCGCUUAUUGAGGACGUGGUAGCAGUCGACGGUGGUGGUGGACAGAUAUAUCGAUAUGCUCUCCGGACUCGAUACCUAUCGAGUCCUUAUUUCCGCCGUAUGCUCUUCGAAAUGAACUGUUUCUGGAGUGGAGGAUCUAUCAUUUUCGCCGCCGCCAUUACUGCAGUGAUUUUCACCGUUCAGGAAAAUGUUGCAUUCACGCUGGGCUGGACCCUUCCGUUUGCCUGGGCUAUUGUUUGGACCUUGAUCACAAUCCCCUGGGUUCAGAGUGACCUGCGUCGUGAAAAGAAGGCAUGGGCAGAAAAUCGUGGACAAGGCGGCAUCCCUUGGGUUGAUGAUAUCAGCGCGCCCACUGCACGUACCCGUUUUGCGUCCGUUCAGGCUAAUGUCUGGCCCUGGACUCGUGAUAAGCAGAGCCAACCUUCAACGCCAUCCGACCCCGCUGAGAAAAUAUCCGAUGAUGUCCCUGAAGCCUCCGAUGGACCUCAUGAGGUCUCUAACGAUGCCUCCAGCAGUGCUCCUCAUGGGGCUUCUCACGUUACCGAUGGGACUUAUGAUGGAGCCACUCUUGGCACUUCCAAGGCCGAACCGACGGAAAAAUUAUCCGUGUAA